ACUGUCGGUCUCGAUUGAGAGAAUAAGAUGACAUGAAUAUGGACAGACCCCUCGGCUGAAAUCGAGGUGUUUGUUGGUACGUGCACGUCAUUGCUCAUCAGCCAUGUUUCCUUGAACCCUUGAAUCGUCAAGGUUGCCAGCCGACCAAAAGUUGCAAACACGAGCCGACCCCCUUUCAUCAUGAAUUUGAAACGACAGACUUGACGAGAGGAUUACACACAUACCGUUGAAGUGGUGCAGCAUGGCAGAUUCCAUCCCGCCUGAGUUGGCGGCAGCUUUGCUGAAAUGGAUACAAGCAUUCCAUACGACGAGGAAGGUCGAAGGCUGGGAGGACCUGCAAGACGGCCAAGUACUAUGGGACAUCCUACAGGACAUCGACCCCGGCUACUUCCAAGAUGACCUUCCAGAAUCGCUUGCCAAAACACAAGAUCACUGGAUACCGCGAUGGCAGAACCUCAAACACGUCAAUCGUCUUGUCACAUCCUACAUACGAGAUUCAAGCGGCUCUAUCGAGAAUCCCACAGGCAGCCAUGAUCCAGACCUUAAGGCUAUUGCUAUGGAUGCCAGCGCAAAGGACACCAUCAUGCUACUCAAGACGAUGCUCCGCGCCGCCAUGUACUCGCCCGAAUCGAACCAGAGAAUGGGUCGCUUGAUUGUCGGCCUCGGCCCCGAAGUUGCCGUGAUCAUUGCUGCUGCCAUCAAGGAAAUGGAAGACACCGAUACAUUGCAGACAGAUGUCGCAGAUAGAUCCGAGUACGAAACCACUCCCGAAACAUCUACCCCGGCCGAGCCUUUAUCAGAGAAGCCUGCUGUGACCAAGCCUGCGACCGGUCGUCUCUCCUUUGGCACCUCUGGACAACGAGAUCCUGAGUUGGAACAAGAGGAGAAGCUCAUCCAGGCAUACAAGGCUAUCAAAGACUUGGAGAACAACAAUGCAAAGGCCGUGACCGAGUUGGAAGAGCUGCGACAAGACAAGGAGGAGCUGCAGCAAGCCUUUGACGCCUUCAAGUACGAAGUUGAAAACCAAGGUCGCAAGGCUGCCGAAAAUGAUGACUUGAAGGAGAUGCAGCUCAAGACAGAAAGAGACCGGGACUAUAUCGCCGAGCUAGAAGCAGAGCUUGAGACAUUGAGAGACAAGUCACAGGCCCAGGAACGUCAGAUUGAGCGAUACAAGACAGACACGGACGCGAAGCAGAAGUUGAGAGAUGAUAUGCAACUUCUCCGCGCCGAAAGAGACGACCUGCUUCAGAAAACACGCAUGAACGAGAACCUCAAGAAAAAGAUCCAAGCAUUGCAGGAUCAGGAGAAGACGAGCUCCAUCUUGAGAGAAGACCUACGCACGGCCAACGACAGGUUGCAAGACUUGGAUCGCCUGAAAGAGCAGUGUGCUGCCCUACAAAAAGCCAAUGCUGAGAAUCUGAAACUUAUUGCAAACGGGGAGCAAGAGAUAUUCGAUCAAAAAACGACCCGUAAACGCAUAGAGCACGAGUUCAAGGUCCUCACACAGAAGUGGGAAGCGGCCAAGGAGAGACAAGUCAAGGAUCACGAGAGCAUCACAGAGCUCGAGAACAAGUUACAGACACUCGAAAUUGGAGGAUCGAGCACAAAUGUCACAAGCGGUGGACUCGAUGGCGAGCUUGAGGCCUCCGAGAAAGCCAGGGCUGAGAGGGCAAUGGCCAGAAGUCAGACCGACGCCACACCUUCUGCUGACGCCGCCAUUCUCCAACAAAAGCUCGAUUCCAUCACUAGGAGAACGUUCCUUUCCUGGAACAACGCAAGAAGCUGCAGGCAGCGCAGGCCGAGAUUCAGGAAAUGCGUAAUCAGCAAUUCGGCUCGAAUACCGAGAUGCGAUGCAGAGUAUCAAACUUUGACCGACAGGUAUUCGGAACUGCACAAGCACAGCGAAGGCGUCGAAGCCGAGUUGGCCGAACAGCGCGCAUUGCUGAGACAUGCUCUACUCAAUGCUGGACAGUUGCUGAAGGAGUCGACCGAGUCACGCAACGAAAACGAGUACAAGCUGCUCCUACAGCAGCUACAGACAGUCAGAGACGCACCAGACGACGACGAACUUCUCGAGUCCACUGCGGCGCAACUCGCGGAUCGUAUGGAGCAAGCACGUUACGACACCACUGCUGCAAACAAGCUUGCCGAAGACCGAGCAACCGAGAUUGUAACACUCAAGAAACAGGCUGGCUCGGGUGCGGCAACGUCGGCUUCGAGUAAUGUGCCCUCGGCAGAGUACGCAGCCCUGCAGCGCGAAAACAAGCUCAUGACAUCUGCAUGGUUCGACCUCAGCAGCAGGCUGCAGAGCAAUACCGUGAUGCUGGGUAGACGUAAGGAGAGCCCUAGAAGCUUUUUGGGCAAGCAGCGACAACUGGUGACUCCUGGGUUGGUCGCUGGACAGGUAAGAUGACAUGAUGCUAUUGUGGACGCUUUAUUUACUGACAGUCAAACAGCAUCGUCGCUAGUUGAUUGAUUGAGAGAUAUUUUCUUAUAGAGUAAUACCCACACAGCAACAUUAGAGCGACAGAGAAGAAUUAGACCUAUACGACUAUGCCAUAUUCCGGAUAUAACAAAAGCAACAGCGAUGUGGGCAAUUGCAUUUCAUCGAUGGUAGUCUUGAUGACACGUUUCGAUAUAUUGAGACGGUUUGACUGGCUCAUCAUCGGAUCCUGAAUCUGGCCAACCAGAUUCAACCCUUACAAGCUAAGGU